ACUUGGGCCGAGUCACUUAAAGCUGAGCGCUGAGCGAUCAGUCUGGGUGUGGCACCGUAAGGCCCAAACACUUCCCUACAAACACAACGUGACUCUGGGACCUGGCACAGAGGCUAGUGGCACUGUGGCAUAAGUCUGAGUUGAUGUCUGGGAGAUCUUUCUCAGAGAACAUACGACUAGCCCAUGAGGAAUUAUCGGCGCAGCAGCCGCUUCGAAGGGUUCGACCUGGAAAACUAGAACAGUUUUCAACCGAUUUGUGUUUGAUCGCUCAUGGCAUCCGUUCUGCCUGCUUAGUGGACACGUUCGCUGUGCAGGACCCCGUUAGCCUGUUUUCCCGUAUACUGGCUGGCCUGCGGUCGAAGAGCGCAACUUUUGCUGGCAUUGUCCAUUGGUACGAUCCUUCAUCACUUCAGUCGUUCAUCGUAAAUUCUCGCAUCUUGCGAGUCUUCGUUCAAACAAUGUUGGAGGACAAUGCCGCUGUGGUCGCCUACGUUCUCCUCGAUACGUUCCCUACACUGCUAAAUAGCACGCCAACGACAGUGCUGGACGUUAUAUGCGCCAUGAAUGAAGACAUGCUAGAAUCUCAAGCCAAUGUCUCAUUUUCCUUUGUCGGUGGUUUGACGCAGGAUAAUCUUGUUCCUCUGGCUGCGACUUUGAUAGGUUAUCCAGUCGCAUAUGUUCCCAUCUCGGCUGAUCAGACCUCAUUCUUGAACGGACAACCUUUGGACGUUUAUGAAGCAAUGGUUGUCCCCACGGCGUCAUGUACAUCUUCGUUACAAAGUUCUAAUCAGUUACACACUCUGCUCAAGUUCUCCUGCCCGUGUCUACUUGCGAAGACGAACCUUGAACUAUCUACGGAACGUGUUACAAAACGCCUCCAAUCACAGUUCCAACAAAGCCUUUCUGCCAUUGGGUUAUCGCUCUUGGUUCAUCAUCACGUAGAGGUUAUGGACCGUGUUGCGCUUUAGUUAUCUUUCCAAAGAUGAUGAUGCAAAGAUGUGUAAUUCGAAUUAAUCGACAUCAAUAUUGACAAUCUUGAUGUCUUCGAAUGGCUUGUCCAUCUUAUUCGUCUUUACAUUUUCGAUAUUAUGGACAACCUCUAAUCCAGAGAUAACGCGUCCGAAAA